AUGGGUAAAGCUAAGAAGACAAGAAAGUUUGCGCUAGUGAAGAGGACGCUAAAUGCUAAGAAAGACCAACGGUUGAAGGGCAACCAGGAGAAACAGAAGAGUCAGGAGGACCCUGAGUUGACGAGAAAUAUACCACAGGUGUCUAGUGCACUGUUCUUCCAAUAUAACGAGGCGAUCAAGCCGCCUUACCAGGUGCUGAUCGAUACAAACUUCAUCAAUUUCUCCAUUCAGAAGAAGAUAGACAUUGUGAAAGGUAUGAUGGACUGUCUGCUCGCUAAGUGUAACCCACUAAUCACUGACUGUGUGAUAGCAGAACUCGAGAAACUGGGACCUAAAUACAGAAUUGCCUUGAAACUGGCAAGAGACCCCAGGAUAAAACGUUUGACUUGCACUCACAAAGGUACAUAUGCGGAUGACUGUAUAGUGAAUAGGGUUCUACAACACAAGUGUUACAUAGUAGCCACGAAUGAUGCAGGGUUGAAGCAGAGAGUAAGGAAAAUACCUGGUAUCCCUUUGAUGAGCGUAGGUGGCCAUGCCUACGUUAUAGAAAAGUUACCAGACGUCUUUUAA